AUGGCCCCGAGCGAGAAGUCGAGCGGACAGGUAGUACAAGGGUGGAAGGCGUUCCUGUGGAACCCCAGGACACAGGAGUUCCUGGGUCGGACUGGCACCAGCUGGGCCCUCAUCCUGUUGUUCUACCUGGUGUUCUACACCACCCUGACAGGUCUCUUCAGCCUGACCAUGUGGGUGAUGCUGCAGACUGUGAACGAGUAUGCUCCCAAAUACCAGGACAGAAUCACUAACCCAGGUGUGAUGAUCCGGCCCACAGCUGAAAGCCUGGUGGUGGGUUUCAACGUGUCGCAGAGAGCUACUUGGCAGAUGUAUGUUAACGCACUCAACGCUUACCUGGACUCCUACAAUGACAGUGUGCAAGUCUCCACUAAUGACCGCUGCAAGUCUGGAACCUACUACCUGCAGGAGGACAGUGGAUAUGUGCGGAACACGCCCAAGCGAGCCUGCCAGUUCAACCGCACCAUGCUGGGUCCAUGCUCGGGCCUCGGGGACCGCACCUACGGCUACAGUGAGGGUCGGCCAUGCAUUCUCGUCAAGAUGAACAAGAUCAUCGGAUUCCUCCCUGGGGAAGCCGUGACUCCGUAUGUCUCCUGCUCUGGAAAGACCAAAGAUGUGGAUAAAGUUCAUGAGCUGUGGUACUUCCCUCCCAAUGGAACGCUGGACCUCAUGUACUUCCCGUAUUAUGGGAAAAAGGCACAC